UAUUCUGUGUUUUCAUGGUAAAUGGUGAAUUGGUCCGGCAAUAGACUAUAACUAUAUUAAUAAUUUAAUUUGUUAUAUACUUUUUCCAAUAGAUUAUAUUAAUAAUAAUUGAUAACAAUAUUUAUUUUAAUUUAUUUUGUCUUUAUUUAGAAAUAUAAAAUCUCAAUCAUGAGUGAAACAUUGAAAAUGUUAAAAGAACAAUCUAAAAUAAGAAAGAAAUUAUUGGCCAAAACGGGUUUUCCGACGUUCAACAGUUACGACGAGCUUUGAAUACUCAUAGAGAGGGUAUACCAAUGAGUUCUGUUCGUAAAGUAAUAAAUAAAGUUAAUGCCCAACCAAAGAGCCCAGAACAUACAUACAAUGAUUCGUCAACAUUUCUCAAAGGUACACAAUCAUCAAAUCCUCACAAUGAUUAUUGUCAACAUUUUGUUGAUACCGGUCAACGCCCACAAAAUUUUAUUAGAGAUGUGGGUCUUACUGACAGAUUUGAAGAAUAUCCUAAGCUAAGGGAAUUGAUUCGUUUAAAGGAUGAACUUAUACAACAAACUGCUACUCCUCCAAUGUUUCUGAAAUGCGACCUAAGCACAUAUAAUUUAAAAUCAUUAAACAUAAAAUUUGAUGUCAUACUUAUUGAACCACCACUUGAAGAAUAUCAAAGGACACUAGGAGUAACCAAUACAAAAUUAUGGAAUUGGAAACAGAUAAUGGACCUAGAAUUAGGUGAAUUAGCUGCUAACCGUAGUUUUAUUUUUCUCUGGUGUGGUUCAUCUGAUGGUUUGGAUAAAGGUCGUGAUUGUUUACGUCGAUGGGGUUUUAGACGAUGUGAAGAUAUUUGUUGGAUUCGAACAAAUUCUAAAAAUCCUGGACAUUCAAAAAACCUAGAACCAAAUGCUGUUUUUCAACGCACUAAGGAACAUUGUUUGAUGGGCAUUAAAGGAACAGUUCGUCGAUCUACAGACGGUGACUAUAUUCACGCUAAUGUUGAUAUUGAUUUGAUUAUUAGUGAAGAGAAUGAACAUGGUUCAAUAGAAAAACCUGUUGAAAUAUUCCAUAUAAUUGAACAUUUUUGCCUAGGAAAAAGAAGAUUACAUUUAUUUGGUCGAGACAGUACUAUACGUCCAGGAUGGCUUACUUUAGGACCUGAAUUGACUAAUUCUAAUUUUAACACAGAAAUGUAUAACGGAUAUUUUAGUAAUGGUCAAUUAACAACUGGUUGUACUGACCGUAUUGAGGUACUUAGACCAAAGUCGCCUCCACCUAAAUGUAAAAUGCCUAUAGGAAUAAGAAAAAAUAACCCUUGUAUGAAUAGAGGUAGAGGAAGAAUUUAAUAAUUAUUUUUUUUUAUGUAAGACUGCUAAUUAGAAAGAUUUACUAAUCAGUGAAACUUGAACAACUUUAUAAUAAAAAUGUAUGAAUAAAAUAUUUUUAAGUUAUACUAGAGUA